AUGUACGGCGCCCCUGCACUGCUCCGUCGCACUAACAGCCAUCAGGGCAAUAAUGGCGGGCCACCACCUAAAAAUCGCAGCAGAUGUGGCCCUGACCCGAGAGGAUCUGCGAGACCUGACAGGCCACCUUGGGAGGUGGAAAAUACAUCGCGAGAACACACACAGCAAAUUAAGGAGCUGACACAACAG